UGUAAACCCGUGCUUUCACGUCACAACAAUAUUCUACAUCAAUCGUCCUGUUGGAAUUCAGCGUGCAGCCGCGGUUUCACAUCUGCGCUUCUCUGUUGUUCACUCAGGUAGGAUUGGAUUUGAGCACAAACGCAUACCUCAACAAGAAUGGCUAUCGCAAUCGUCAAGAUCGGAAUCUCAUUGAAAAUGCUACCAAAUAACAGUGCCGUGUUCUUCAAAUCGGACGGUGGGAGAUUUGGCCAAACCAGGACGAUUAAAUUGCUAACGGGGUCAAAGUACAAGAUUGAAGUGGUUGUCAAACCUGGGGCUGCAGAGGCAACCACUAUGAGUGUAGGCGGAGUCAUCUUCCCCUUGGAGCAGAAGUCUAGAGACCCCCAGUCUGUAGUCUACACUGGCGUCUACAACACAGAGGGCAUGACUCACACCAAGAGUGGAGACAGACAAGCUGUACAGAUCAGCUUGCAGUUCACAGAGGUGGGCUCUUUUGAAGUGGUGUGGCAGGUGAAGUACUACAACUACAACAAGAGGGACCACUGCCAGGGGGGCAACAGUUUCAACAGCAUCGAGUACGAGUGCAAGCCCAACGAGACACGCAGCCUGAUGUGGGUCAACAAGGAGCUGUUCGUCUGAUGGACCAACCAACACAGACAGCAUCAGGGUUGUGUUCAUUAGGCACCAAAAACGGAAGUUAACGUAGUGAAACUGGGCGGUACUACCUGAAAUUACAAAAGCUGAAGAACAUACGGACAUCCAGGUGCUUUCCGCAGGUGCUGGAGUUGUAGGCAAACUCAUGGAAAACAGAAAGGAAAACGCCUCACCUGAAAUUAGCCAAUGAAAAUACCUGUUCCAGUUUUCCGUUGCAAAAUGUUUUGCUACGGCGUGCCCUAAUGAACACGACCCUGAUGUCACUGAAAUGAGAGAUGGAUGACAAUCAGCCGCUGUGUGUUUCAGCUGUAGCCAGCCUGUAAACCCCUCAAAGUGGAUCAUUUGCUGACUACUCGUGAAACUGUUAACCCAAACAUCUUUUCCUCGGAGUCUGUUGUGGCAUAAUGUUCACCCUCAGGUGUAUUCUGUUCCAUGGAGUGUGUGUGUGUGUGUGUGUAUGUGUGUGUGUGUGUGUGUGUGUGUGUGUCUAUGCGUAUCCAUGAAGGCAGUAUGUUAAUAUGUACACUGUAUGUCCAGAUGUUGCGUGUGUUAUAGUACUGUAAUGAGCAGUCAGUGUUUUUAAAAAUUUAUUUAAAAAUUGUUUUAGUUUUUUUUGUUCAAUUAAAAUGUUGUCCCAUGUGUCGUUUUCCCAUGUGUUGACAGAGGACAAGUAGUAUAGGACAUCUGUAGAAGUGAGUGUUUACAUUUAGAAGAUUUCACUAAAUAUUUUCACUAAUUAAAUCAUUGAAAUUAUCUUAUUUUUAAUUUGGGCUGAUUUUGACUAAUCAAAAAUCGAUCCUCAGAAUAUCAUAUUUCUGUAAUAAGUUGUUAGCCAGCACUUGUGUAUCUUAUUUCUCUCUUUAUUUUUGUCAAAUUAAAAGUGUUAUUAUAUUAGUUGGGAAAACACUAUCAAUACUGAACAGCAAUAUAAACGCAACAUGUAAAGUGUGAGAUAGAUUUGGGCCAAACUCAGUAAAUAAGUAAGUAACUCAGUAAAAUCUUUUGUAACGGGUUUCUUCCAUCUCCUCCUCUGACGAAGAGGUGGAACAAGGAUCGGACCAAAAUGCAACGUGGUUCGUUCGAUACAUCUUUAAUGAUGAAAAAACACGAACAAUACAAAAUAACAAACGUCGAAAACCGAAACAGCCCUGACUGGUGCAACAAUCACAGAGACAGGAACAAUCACCCACAAACACACAGUGAAACCCAGACUACCUAAAUAUGGUUCCCAAUCAGAGACAACGAUAAUCACCUGACUGAUUGAGAACCGCCUCAGGCAGCCAUAGACUAAUCUAUACACCCCACACAACCCCAAGACGAAACACACUACAAAUAAACCCAUGUCACACCCUGACCCAAUAAAUGAAGAUAACAUAAUAAAUAUAGACCAGGGUGUGACAUCUUUGAGAUGGUUGCAAUGUUGAAUUCAUUUUGUUGUUCAGCAUAUAUUUUUUUUUCAACAAUAUAACUUACUAUGAGAUAUGUAGUGAAAAUGCAACAAAAUGUUUUUUAAUUAUCAGAGCACUGUGCAAUGUUACGACAUCUUUAUUAGAUUGUGGAUAUGUUGUUAAUAUAACUCAUGGUAGUUUUAACAUUUUGUGUGUGGGGGGGGGGGUAUUUGUAAAUAUAGUAAAUAUAUUUGGGAAGACAUUUGUGUGCUUUUUUAUUUUGGUCAUUUGAAUGCGAGAAAACAACAAGUAUGUUAAUUACUAUGUAAUUACUAUUUUCCCAUGUCAUUUCUUAAUACCUGGACAUUUCUAUACCCUAGAAUAUAGUAAAGUUCAACCCAGUUAGUUGUGGUUUUGGGUCAGUUGCUUCU